AUGGAGACAAAGAAUGAGGAAGAAGAAAUCAACAAGUUCAUCCCACUCACAGAUUAUGCUUCAAAGAUGUUCGUACCACCUAAUAGCCCGGGGAGUGGGGGCCUUAAAUUGUAUUGGAAACAAGAGAUCCAUGUCCAGAUCCUCUCUUCAUGUAAAUCCUACAUUGAUUCUGAAAUAAGCUAUAAAGGAAUACCGUUUUUCUCAACCUUUAUCUACGGUGAGCCAGAUCUACCAUUGAGAAAAUUAGUCUGGGAAGAGUUCACAAACCUGGGUCUCUCUAGAGAUAAACCCUGGUUCUUAACGGGGGACUUCAACGAGAUCUUAGACAACACUGAGAAGUCGGGAGGACAACAAAGAACAGAAGCAUCUUUUGGGAAUUUCCGUGAGUUCAUCUCUCAGAGCGACUUGUUCGACUUACAACACACCGGCAACUUCCUAUCGUGGAGAGGGACAAGGUACUCACACCUGAUUCACUGCCGUCUGGAUCGGGCAAUGGCCAAUGGAAUGUGGCUUGACCUUUAUCCCACUAGCCGAUGUCGGUACCUCAACUUUGAGGGCUCUGAUCACAGACCGAUCCUGUCAGAGUUUCAACCAGAGAAAAAGAAGAAACGAAGUAUUUUCAGAUACGACAGAGCUAUGCGUCACAACCCGGAGAUAACAAAUUUGGUUAAAGAAACCUGGAACAAACUCGAAGAGGACUCAGUGGAUAGGCGGAUAGCAAACUGCAGGAAAGCAAUCUCUCGUUGGAACCGGGACAAUCACGUCAAUAACAAGAAGAAAAUAGAUGAAGAGAAAGCUAACCUUGAGGCUGCAAUGAGUGCAUCAACAGCGGAUCCGGCUAAGAUUGAAAAUAGCACCAGGGCUCUGGAGAUAGCCUACAGGAAAGAGGAAUAA